AAGCCUUGUUUUUUUUCCAACAUUAGCUGAUUCAACAGUCUGUUUCUCUUUCCUUCCCAGAGAGAUUCAACAAAAACCCACAUAUAAUUUCCAAAAAUUUUCAAUUUUUUCUCCAAUUCAAAAUCUUCUGGAAGAAAAUCUUCAUACCCUUCAAGAAUUUCAGCUGAAUUUCUUCCUUCCUUUUUUGUUCGUUUUGAGUUUUGUCUUUCCAUUUCUACAAGAACAGCACUCGUUCCAAUUUUUGGAGUCUAGGGUUUUGUUUCCUGGAGGUUUUGCUUUUUCUUUUUUUAAAUCGAGAAAUGGGUAGCAGAAAAGAGGAAGAGAGAAACGAGAAGAUCAUACGUGGUCUCAUGAAGCUGCCGCCUAAUCGUCGGUGUAUCAACUGCAAUAGCUUGGGUCCUCAGUAUGUUUGUACGAAUUUCUGGACCUUCAUAUGUAUGACUUGCAGUGGAAUACAUCGUGAGUUCACUCAUCGUGUUAAGUCUGUAUCUAUGGCUAAGUUUACUUCUCAAGAAGUUGAAGCACUUCAAAAUGGUGGUAAUCAGCGUGCAAGGGAAAUGUAUUUGAAAGAUUGGGAUCCACAAAGGCAGAGACUUCCUGAUAGCAGUAAUGCUGAUAAAGUUCGUGAAUUUAUAAAGAAUGUCUAUGUGGAUAAGAAGUAUGCAGGAGGGAAGACCUCUGACAAGCCUCCUAGAAGUGCACAGAACCAUAGAAGCUUUGAGGAAGAGACAAGACGUGCUAGUUCCUAUCAUUCUUACUCCCAAAGUCCACCUUAUGAUUAUCAAUAUGAAGAACGUCGUUAUGGAAAACAAGCUGCUGUCCUCAGUAGGACCCCUGGUUCAGAUCGAGGCUAUUAUGCUGCCAAGCUGUCUAGUUUUGCCUAUAGUCCUAAUCACUCGAGUGAUCAGAUGUACGAAGACAGGUUUGCUAAUGAGGGCUCUGUUUCUAGGGUCUCAGACUAUUCUGUGUCAAGUGGAGGUGAUCCCUUCAGAUGUGGUACAGAGUCUCCAAGUUUCCAAAGAGAUAAUGGAAUCAGCAGCCCACCUGUUGAGCCUGCAAGGGAAAUUUUGAGUUCAAACGGACAACAUCAAACAGUAGAUUUAUUUUCAGAGGCAAAUUUUAGAAGAGAAACAGAUGGAACUCCACACCCGCAGAGAACCACAUCAAUGGAAAAUGUUCGAUCAUUUGAUGGCAACUCCAUGUCUCUGAAGUCAUAUAAUUCAGGUAGUUUUGGGGAUGCUGUCUCUGGACCUGAACAACCUGUUGGAACUCCCCAAACUAGAAAACCUACUUCCCCACGAGCAUCUCCUCCUGUGAAUUAUGGAGGCUUGGACCUUUUUAGCUCAUCGGUUAUACCAGAAUCAAAUUCCACUGGGGUUGCUGCAAUUGAUUUGUUUCAGUUACCAGCAACAUCCGCAGCUCCAUCAGCAGACUUUUUCCAUCCAGCCACAAUAUCUUCAUCUUCAUCAAUGAAUUCUUAUCAAUCUUCUCAAACGUACCAUCCUUUUUCUAUAGACCUGUUUGCUGAUACUACUGAGCAGCAGCCACCUGUAAAAUUGCCAGGGUUUUCUAUUCAGAAUAAUGAAGGAUGGGCAACUUUUGAUACUCAGCCGGCAGCAUUCCAGGGAACUGAAAAUAUAACCCCUGCUGAAGUGUCCAGUGGUGGAGAUUCUGUAAUGAAGUUUGAUCCCUCAAAAGAAAAUGCAAAUGUGCAGUGGCCACAAUUUCAGCAUUCAAGUGCUGAUAACCCUCGCUUAUCAAUUUCUAUUCCAGGGCAAGAGAGUUUAUCUGGUGUUGGAGAUUCUUCAACUAAGUUUGAUCAGGUCUCCAUGAUAAAUGCUAAUAUGCAGUUGGCAAGAUUUCAGCAUUCAAGUCCUGACAAGCCUGUUUCUUCAAUUUCUAGUCCAGGGCAGAAGGGUUUAUCCAGUGUUCAAGCUCCUCCUGUUUCAAUAACUACUCAGUUUUGGGAGUCAUGGAAUGCCUUUGAUGAUUCCACCGCAAACUUCUCGUUGGGGGGCAUUAAACAAACUGGUGAACUACCCACAGCAUCAUAUGACCAUUCAUUAACUGCCAAUCAACAUUUGAGCUUCGAAGGCUUAGAGGACUUCAGCAAUGAUGGGAUUCAGUCAACUGCAUCCUUUGGUGGUUCUUGUAUAACAGCAGACAUCACUAUGGAAGCAUCAUAUACUCAACCCAUGGUUCCUCCCAUGGGAGAAAGCAAGAUGCAUCUGAAUGGCUAUAAAUCAACAAAUCCAUUUGAUCUUCCUUAUGAUUCUGAUCUGGAACAGAACAAUAUGUUCUUGGACAUGAGUUCAUUGCAAGCUGCACUGCCUGAUGCCCAGUUGCCGUCCACCUUUGUUGGUGGUGUGUCACAACCGUGGUUUCAUCAAAACACAGUUAGCUCUUAUAUUCCAGCAGUUCCACAAGGUGGCUUAACGUACAUGGGAGGGCAAACAUCAAGUUCUCAACUAUUGAAUGUCCCAGCACAAGAGCAUGUUGCUUCUAUUGGGGGAAAUCCUUUUGCUUAAGGAUUCUCUACUAGCGAAGGGCCCUUUCCUCUUGGUAAUAUAAUCUUGAGUAACUAAUUUUAGCUGCUCUUCCACACUGUAAAAUCCAAAAUUGUUGCGGGUAUUGUUUGUGUUUGUAUUCUUUGUAAUAAUAGAAUAUGUGCGGCUGUCAAAAUCCCUUGUUGCUUGGUGUAUCGAAGGUCUCCAUAUGUGUGUGCUAAAUUAUUUUAGAGUUAAGGUAGCUAUAGAAAUUUAAUUUGUUACUUUUUCGAACCAACAGAAGUGUACUUUUAGUUCAGUCAGUGUUAAAGUUCUGCUGGAUAUUAAGAUGCUGUUAGCUAUUCAUACUGGCUAUAGUUUGGAUUGUCAAUUUCAUCUUAAUGCAUAAUUGGAUCAUAUUGAUAUA